GCCAAAGACCUUAAAACAUUCCCUCUUGAAGAACUCAUUGGGUCUUUAAUGACCUACGAAAUGACAUAUCAAGCUCAUGACGAGCUCGAGAACCCCCUUCCAAAGAACAGGAAGGAUAUGACACUCACAUCACAAGAAGACCACUUGAAAGGAACAUCAAGUGAUGAGGACAGUGACAAUGACAUUGCACUUUUGACUCAAAAAUUUAAAAAAUAUUUAAGAAAGAACAAAUUUAAAAAUAAUACAAAAAAUAAAUUCGAACACAAGAAGGACCAAGUAAUUUGCUAUGAGUGCAAGAAACCGGGAUACUACAAGAAUGAUUGUCCACAAGCCAAAAAGAAAGCAUCAAAGAAGAAGGCGCUCAAGGCAACAUGGGAUGAUUCAAGCACGUCCGAAGAAGAGGAGUCCAACACCGAGCAAGUUGCUCAUUACGCCUAAUGGCCUUCGAAGAAGAGUACCUGGAUGAAAACAAGCAACUUAUUUUAGCAAUAUUGGAAAAUCAGAAUUUGGGAAAGCUAGCUGAAUGUGCUCAGUAUCAAGCCCAGCUUCAAAAAAAUCUUUUGUACCUGGCUGCAAUUGCGGAUGCCCAACCUAAUGCACCUGCUGUACGUCCUCAGAUGAUGAUGCACGGCUCAAUACCACAGGCAGGCCAUUACAUUCAGCAGGCACCGGUUUUCCCUCCCGGAGCUCCCCCACAAUAUAACCCACAACAAAUGCAAGAGCAGCAGAUGCACCAAUUCGAAGGAAUGGUGUUCCCAGGGCAGGUGGCCAUGAGACCGGGGGCAGUCAAUGGUAUUCACAACAUGCAAACUGAGCCACGUCCAAGGACUGGCACUUCUAGCGGCGCAGUUGAUAGACGUGGGAAUAAGCAAGAUGCAAAUGCUGGUGAGGUGGCUGCUGCCGACAGCCAUCGGAGCUCAGGAUCUGAGCAUGGCAGUGGGGAUGCUGACCAACUGCAUGUCAAAAGGCCAGAGGAGGCUAAAAUGUCAUGAAACUUGUAUUUAAAGAACUUAGCGCAAAUUACUGGUGACUUUUAUAUGCGAGAAUCUUUAUGGCCCUUCUCAUGA